GCGCCAACUACAUCUUUCGCCAUCUUGGAACAUUUGAAUCAAGCGAGUAAAGUAAGAGCACGAAAAACACGAUAGAAACGAGACAGUAUCAACAUUUUGUUUCGAAAGCCACCUAUGGUUCGAGGGGGCAUUACAAUUUCGAGUUGAAGAGAACCAGUUUAAACCAUGAGUACAUAUCAAAUGAACCAGAGUGAUGGGGGACCCCGAUCAAUGUCUGGGGGACAGAACUAUAUGGACCUUUCAAACAUGCCCCUGGAAAACAAGCAGGAACAGACCAUGAUGUGGCAACAGAAUCAAUACAUGGGAGACUCUGGAAUCCACUCAGGAGCCACCACCCAGGCCCCCUCAAUCAGCAGCAAGGGAGGUCACCAUGAUGAAAUGGAGGAGCCACAAUCAAACAUGGAGACCUCACACAUGCAAAUGUUUGACUGGGCUGAUCAGCAAUAUCCACAACAAGGAUACACACAGGAACAAAUUGAUGAUGUAAACCAGCAGCUGAAUCAGACUCGAUCACAGAGGGUGAGGGCAGCAAUGUUCCCGGAGACUCUGGAUGAGGGAGUACCUAUUCCUUCUACCCAGGUACAUCCAGACCAGCCCACAGCCGUACAGAGACUGGCAGAACCCUCUCAAAUGCUGAAACAUGCUGUUGUCAAUCUCAUCAAUUAUCAGGAUGAUGCUGAUCUUGCCACAAGAGCAAUCCCUGAGCUGACCAAGCUUCUGAAUGAUGAAGAUCAGGUGGUGGUCGGACAGGCAGCUAUGAUGGUGCAUCAGUUGUCUAAGAAAGAGGCCAGUCGUCAUGCAAUAAUGAACUCCCCCCAGAUGGUAGCAGCCCUUGUGAAGGCUAUGAACAACACUACAGAUUUAGAAACUACACGCUGUGCAGCUGGGACCCUACACAAUCUCUCACAUCAUCGUCAAGGUCUCCUGGCUAUCUUCAAGUCUGGGGGCAUUCCUGCACUUGUCAAGCUACUGAGCUCUCCAGUGGAAUCUGUCUUAUUUUACGCAAUUACAACUCUCCACAACCUACUGCUUCACCAGGAAGGUUCCAAGAUGGCUGUCCGAUUAGCAGGUGGUCUACAAAAAAUGGUGGCAUUACUGCAAAGGAACAAUGUCAAGUUCUUGGCUAUAACCACAGACUGUCUACAAAUUCUGGCUUAUGGAAAUCAAGAAAGCAAGCUGAUUGUGUUGGCCAGUGGUGGGCCAGGUGAACUGGUGAGGAUCAUGAGAUCUUACACAUACGAGAAACUGCUGUGGACAACCUCGCGAGUCAUCAAAGUUCUCUCGGUCUGCUCCAGUAACAAACCAGCCAUUGUGGAAGCAGGAGGAAUGCAGGCUUUGGCUAUGCACUUAGGACACCAAAGCCAGAGACUGGUACAGAACUGUUUGUGGACAAUAAGAAACUUGUCAGAUGCUGCAACAAAAUGUGAAAACAUGGAAGGCAUCUUACAAAUGCUUGUCCAGCUUCUCUCCUCAAACGAUCUCAAUGUGGUGACGUGUGCUGCUGGAAUCCUGUCGAACUUGACCUGUAACAACCAGCGUAACAAGGUCAUUGUAUGUCAAGUGAAUGGUAUUGAGGCUUUGGUCAGAACCAUCCUGCAGGCAGGAGACCGCGAGGACAUCACAGAACCAGCUGUGUGUGCAUUGAGGCAUUUGACCAGUCGUCAUCCAGAAUCUGAGAUGGCCCAGAAUGCUGUUCGUCUACACUAUGGACUUCCUGUUCUAGUCAAGCUACUUCACCCACCAAGCAGAUGGCCACUUAUCAAGGCUGUAGUUGGUCUCAUCAGGAAUCUGGCUCUAUGCCCUGCAAACCAUGCCCCACUGAGAGAACACGGAGCACUGCCCAGAAUUGUUCAUCUCCUCAUCAGAGCCCAUCAAGACACACAGAGGAGAGCCUCUAUCAGCUCCAAUGGGCAGGGAUCAGGGUAUGUUGAUGGUGUCCGUAUGGAGGAAAUUGUUGAAGGAACUGUGGGAGCACUUCACAUUUUGGCCAGAGAGGCUCACAACAGAGCUGUUAUCCGUGGCUUAAAUGGCAUUCCUCUUUUCGUGCAGCUGUUGUACUCUCCCAUUGAGAACAUUCAGCGUGUGGCUGCGGGGGUACUGUGUGAACUAGCAGCUGAUAAGGAGGGUGCUGAGCUUAUUGAACAAGAGGGAGCCACUGCACCACUCACAGAAUUAUUACACUCCAGAAAUGAAGGCGUCGCUACAUAUGCAGCAGCUGUACUUUUCCGCAUGUCUGAGGACAAGCCACAGGACUACAAGAAGAGACUAUCUGUAGAACUGACCAGCUCUCUGUUCCGGGACAACCAAAACAUGCCCUGGUCUGAUGUACAGCCCCCAGGAUUUGAGGAUGUAGGACACAUGAUGCCCCCUGCUGAUGAUUCCUACAGGGAUCAGAUGUACCAGCCUCCACAUCAUGACAGCCAGGGAAGCAUGCACAGCAAUGAUAUGAACAGGGGUUAUGAACACCAAAUCCCAAUUGACUCCAUGCAGGGUCUUGACAUUGGCAGUCAGGGAGGAAGUCAGUAUGGGGGGAUGGAAAAUCUGCCUGACUUGGGACCAAAUGCACAGUCAGGGGACCUCAAUUUCGAGAAUCUCGAGUCAAGUCUGCCUCAACAGUCUGGCAACAACCAAGCCAUGCCGUGGUUCGAUACGGACUUGUAAAUUAAUGUGCCACAGACUUGUAGAUGCCAUGACUUGACAACACAAGAGGCAUAACUCCUCUGCUUGGUCAAUACAAAGACUUCGCAAAUGUAUAAAACAAAGUAGUCAGUUCUUUUCUGUACAUUGGAUCUGAGGAUCUUUAGCACGAAGUAUUGUGUAUCUGUUAUUUGACGAACGGAGGAGGGAAAUUCCUGUUAAAAAGAAUUUAUAUUUAUGGUCUCUUUUUGAAAAAUUUCAGUAUAUGUACAUAUUUCACAUUGAUAAAAAAAAGAUCAAAAGAUUAUUUGGCAUGAUGAGGGGGACUUUUGUUCAUUGUCUUGAAUUUUUUAAUGUUAAGGUUGUAAUCUGAGCAGCUGAACUUUGAAAUAAUUUGGCAUUUCCGAAAUAAUCAUCAUCUAAACCACCUGGACCAGAAUUUAUUCUUGUUGUAAAUAAUUCAUUCCAAUAGUUUAUUUUCAUCUUGUAUAUGCCUUAGAAUAGAACACUUUUAUAAAACAAAAAAAAAUCUAUGUAAGCAGCAGGCAAACCAUAUGAACAAAAUAUUUGUAUUUCUGACAACCAUUUACAAUGCAAAAUUUUCUUCGUGUCCACCAUUUUGGAUUGUUGAUAAUGUGUCAAGGUCUGUCAGAAAUAUAAAUGAUCUAUAUUUUUGUAACAAUGCCAUAUCAGUUAGUAUACUCCAUCAUUUAAGUGCCUCAAAGGUAGUCAUUUUAAUUUUGGUCAUAUAUUUAUUGAAUUUUAUCAAGUUCAUGAAAACAUCUCUGGCAGAAAGUUUUCUAUCUUUUAAUUUUAUUGCACUGCAUUUGUCUGUAGAAUUAUUUUUGGUUUGUACUUUCUUUACCUUACUUUUUAUCCAUUUUUAGAUAAUUUUUAUAAUUCAGGAAAUUUAUUUAUAAUAGUUGACAUUAAGAUAUUACUAUGUGUUGUGUAAUGCAUGCAAUUCAAAAUAAAACUUCAGUUUUAAUAA